AUGUCCUGUAAACCAUUCCCGGAGGACGAGAUCGUGUACAAGACGCUCCGACAAACCGCUCAUGGGCUGGGCUACUGGGGAGACAUCUCUGAGGUCCUGGUCCCGCACGUCACCUCCUUUCAGCUAGCCACGAUCCCCUUGACGGAGAAACAAGCACAUCUUAAGCACAACAAAGCUCAGGUAAUGGAGAAGAAGGAGCUGCUCGACAUUUCGGACGACUAUAUUAGAGGUCUUUUUAGAAGUGCCCGUUGCAUGGCCGCCGUUACACUGGCCAUUGACCACCUCCUGAUGAUCCUCAUCUACAAUUUGGAGGAGGUCCACAUACGCGUCCACGCAAUCACCAUUGGUACCAAGAACUCCUGGUGGCCUAAGACUUAUCGAGAGCAAUACCGCAGUGUCAGUGAAAUCCUGACUCGUUGGCUCGAAGUCAUCGACGUCGAGAUCGCGAAGCUGCUGAUCGCCGCCGCUUCAUGCAUCAAUGAUCUGAUCGGAACUACAACAGCCGGCGUCGAGAGCAGACAGUGUGCUGUAGACUGUCAGAUUGCAGUCAUGCGAACGAUAAAGGAGCAAUACUCAUGGUUCCGCAGCCCUGACAUGUCCCUCAUACAGGUGAAGAGCCACCUCACAGGCUUCGCCAAACUGCCCACUGGCGCCAUUGUUAAAGAAUUAUCCUACGUUUCGCGACGUUUGGAACCGCACCAGGAGGACCUGCAAGGUGUCAAGUCAGUCCUUGCUGUCUCAUAUGAUCUUUCUAUCGUCAACGGUCUAACUCAGCUACUGAACAUCUUCGAUGACUGCUUGAGGGCCUUGACCACGGCACGAGGAAGCAUGAUUUUGGGCAAGGCACGAGAAAGAGAACAAUAUGAGAAGCAGGCAAAGGACGGGUUCUUUACAGCACAGCCAGUGUUCAGCACCGUGUCGCCAGCUGCCGCACAGCCCUCUAAGUCUCAUGAUGAUGUCUAGAUUGCGAGACUGGAAGACGGUGCAGAGAGCCCACGCCCAGUCAACUAUCACUUACCUCUUCGGUCUUUGACUGGUCGGACUCGCGGUGGUCCCUCCUAGAGCCCUUCGACAGCAUGAGUACGUAGAUCGAGGGCCUCAUUUCGGUCCUGGCCAGCGACCUGGCAGCGGGCACUUUCUUGAUGAAAGCGAGCCUUGGAAGCGACUGCAUCC